UGUUCCAACUUCUGUGUUUCAGCCUGUCUUUGUGUCUUUUAUUGUAUAAAAAUUGCCACUUUCAGGAACAGCUUCUUCAUCUACCUGAAAGUAAAAGUUGACAGGAUGGUGCCCUGGCUCUUGUUGGGGUCAGUGUUUUUCUCCCUGGUUAUCGGAGCCGCUGUCUACAACGUCACUGAUAAAGCCCUCUGUAAAAAGCUCAAUGUGACCAGCCAAGAAUGUAUUGGGAAAGGAAGGAUCAGAAGAGAGGAACAUUUUCUCCCCGUUUGUUUUACAAUUGGCUUCGGAUUUGCCACUCCAUUCACAGCAGUCAUCUUUUCUGCCCUUCUGCUUCUCUUUUCCCUCUGGAGACACAAACGCAACAUGCAGACAAACUCUAUGAAGGACCUCAGCAUGGAUGCCCACAUCAAAGCCAUGAAAUCAAUUAUCUCCUUCUUCGUAAUGUACAGCAUCAACUUUAUAUGUUUGGUUGCAGGAAUGAUUUAUUCUACAAAGGAGGAAAAUCCCAUUAUGUUGAUGAUUUAUGUAUUUAUGUGA